AUGGUGCGUAUUCUUACUCGUCCACCCCCACCGCCGCCGCCACCACCGCCACCAUCAUUUAGAUCAAUUUCUUCUCAGCGUCAUUUUUUCAAAAAGAAUAGCAAAAUUCCACCACCACCACCGCCACCAUCAUUUACACCCAUCUCUCCCGAGCUUUAUUUCCUCAAAAAGAGGAGCAAAGAUUCACCACCGCCGCCGCCACCGCCACCUUCAUUUAGAUCGAUUUCUCCUGAGUUGUAUUUCGUAAAAAGAAGGACCAAAAGUCUACCACCACCACCACCACCGCCGCCAUCAUUUGUACCGAGUCUUCCUUGGCGGUAUUAUGUCAAAAGAAGGAACAAUCCUCCGUCUUUCAUCAACAAAGACAUGUCUUUGAUCCAUAAAAACAUGUUGACCUGGUACUUCAUCACCCUCCUCAUGCGCCGAAAACUCCAAACUCGAAACCAACAACCCGAAGAGACUCGAGAAGAAUGGGUGGUUUCCAUAAAAGACAGGAUGGAGGAAGCACUUAGAGACGACGCCACAACUAGCUGGGACAAGCUUUGUAUCUACAGAAUUCCGCAUUACCUCCAAGAAAAAGACAACAAGUCAUACUCCCCCCAGAUCGUCUCACUUGGUCCUUACCACCAUGGCAAAAAACAUCUCCUCCCAAUGGACCGUCACAAGUGGCGUGCAGUCAAUAUGGUCGUGGCACGCACCAAGCAAGGCAUCGAAAUGUAUAUUGAUGCCAUGAAAGAGCUCGAGGAGAGGGCUCGUGCUUGCUAUGAAGGUCCCAUUGGUUUGAGCAGUAACAUGUUCACCGAAAUGCUUGUUCUUGAUGGUUGUUUUGUUCUUGAACUCUUCAGAGGAUCCGAUGAAGGAUUCACGGAACUAGGAUACGCUCGUAACGAUCCAGUUUUUGCUAUGAGAGGAUCGAUGCAUUCGAUUCAACGUGACAUGGUGAUGCUGGAAAAUCAACUUCCUUUGUUCGUUCUGAACCGGUUAUUAGAGCUACAGCUUGGUCCACGGAACAAAACCGGUUUAGUGGCGCAAUUAGCUGUUCGGUUCUUCGACCCACUAAUGCCAACAGACGAACCGUUGACUAAAACCGUAGAGUUGAAUCUAGACAACUCGUUUGAAAAACAAAAAUUCUUUAACCCAAUUGCUGACAAGGACAAGGAAGAGUUGCACUGUCUGGAUGUUUUCCGGCGAAGUUUGCUCCGGCCUAGUCUUAAACCGGAGCCACGGUUAUCACGAAACCGAUGGUCCUGGAAAACGCGCGUGGCGGAUAAGCGCCAACAACAACUGAUACAUUGCGUGACGGAGCUAAGAGAGGCCGGUAUUAAAUUCAAGAGAAGGAAAACCGACCGGUUUUGGGAUAUAAAAUUCAAAAACGGUUAUCUAGAGAUACCCAAACUACUUAUCCAUGACGGUACCAAAUCUCUUUUUUCGAACCUCAUAGCUUUCGAACAGUGCCAUAUUGAUUCUAGCAACGACAUAACAUCCUACAUCAUCUUCAUGGACAAUCUAAUAGAUUCUCCUCAAGAUGUUAGCUAUUUGCACUAUUGUGGUAUUAUCGAGCACUGGCUAGGAACUGACUCUGAAGUUGCGGAUAUGUUCAACAGGUUAUGUCAAGAAGUAGCUUUCGACCCUCAAAAUAGUUAUUUAUCUCAACUGUCGAAUAACGUUGACCGUAACUAUAGCCGGAAGUGGAAUGUUCUGAAGGCGAUCUUGAAGCACAAGUACUUCAAUAAUCCUUGGGCGUAUUUCUCUUUCUUUGCUGCUCUUGUUCUGUUAAUUCUCACGUUACUUCAGAGCUUUUUUAGUGCCUAUCCGUAUAUUAUGCCAUCUUCUUAA